AGGAACGGCCGCACGCGGGGCGCUUGCAGCGCCAGGGCACGGCGCGGGGUGUAGGCAGCCAGGAUGUUUCUGGAGCUCCAGGAAACUAUGCCCCAGACGUCCGUCGUCUUCUCCAGCAUACUUGGGCCCAGCUGUAGUGGACAGGUGCUGCCCGGCAUGGGGGAGCGAGGAAGUGGGGCCAGCAGCUCCGGGGACCUCGUCUUCCAAGAGGGACGCCUCAUCUCUGGGUCCCUAGAAGCUUUGAUGGAGCACCUGGUCCCCACAGUGGACUAUUACCCGGAUAGGACAUACAUCUUUACAUUUCUCUUGAGCUCCCGGGUCUUCAUCCCCCCUCAUGACCUGCUGGCCCGCGUGGGGCAGAUCUGCCUGGAGCAGAGGCAGCAGCUGGAGACCGGGUCUGAGAAGGCCAAGCUGAAGUCCUUCUCAGCCAAGAUUGUGCAGCUGUUAAAGGAGUGGACAGAAGCCUUCCCCUACGACUUCCAGGAUGAGAAGGCCAUGGCUGAACUGAAGGCCAUUACCCACCGGGUCACGCAGUGUGAUGAGGAGAAUGGCACAGUGAAGAAGGCCAUUGCCCAAAUGACACAGAGCCUGCUGCUGUCGCUGGCUGCCCGGAGCCAGCUUCAGGAGCUGCGGGACAAGCUUCGUUCACCGGCGAUGGACAAAGGGUCUGUCCUCAAGACUAAGCCGCCAGCCACUCAGAAGGACAUCCUGGGCGUGUGCUGCGACCCCCUGGUGCUGGCCCAGCAGCUGACUCAUAUCGAGCUGGAGAGGGUCAGCAGCAUUCACCCUGAGGACCUGAUGCAGAUCGUCAGCCACAUGGACUCUCGGGACAAGCACCGGUGCCGAGGGGACCUGACCAAGACCUAUAGCCUGGAGGCCUAUGACAACUGGUUCAACUGCCUUAGCAUGCUAGUGGCCACCGAGGUGUGCCGGGUGGUGAAGAAGAAGCACCGGACCCGCAUGCUAGAGUUCUUUAUUGAUGUGGCCCGGGAGUGCUUCAACAUCGGGAAUUUCAACUCCAUGAUGGCCAUCAUCUCUGGCAUGAACCUCAGUCCUGUGGCGAGGCUGAAGAAAACGUGGUCCAAAGUCAAGACGGCCAAGUUUGACGUCUUGGAGCACCACAUGGACCCAUCCAGCAACUUCUGCAACUACCGCACUGCCCUGCAGGGUGCCACUCAAAGGUCCCAGAUGGCCAACAGCAGCAGAGAGAAGAUUGUUAUCCCUGUAUUCAACCUUUUCGUUAAGGACAUUUACUUCCUGCACAAAAUCCAUACCAAUCACUUGCCCAACGGGCAUGUUAACUUUAAGAAAUUUUGGGAAAUCUCCAGACAGAUCCAUGAGUUCAUGACAUGGACUCAGGUAGAGUGUCCCUUCGAGAAGGACAAGAAGAUUCAGAACUACCUGCUCACGGCACCCAUCUACAGCGAGGAAGCUCUCUUCAUCGCCUCCUUUGAAAGUGAAGGUCCUGAAAACCACAUGGAGAAGGAUAGCUGGAAGACUCUCAGGACGACUCUCCUUAACAGAGCCUGAAGGCACGGAUGCAGCCUGCAGACGCUGGACGAAGCACACACAUGCACUGAGUUUUAAUCUUGAUUGAUAAGGGUUGAGAUGAGGAGGCCUCACUGGUUGGGGUCCAUUUUGUAUAUAACUUUUAUG